AUGGAUUGUAUGUCUAUUUAUAAAUAUAUACGAGAAUUUAUUUGUCAAAGUAAUGAAUAUACAAAUAGACCAGGACCUGUCUGUCCAUUUGUACCAACAUCAUUAAAACAAAACUCGAUGUAUUUCUUCAUCUCAAAUGAUCAAUACAAUACUAAAGAACGAAUAAUUAAAAUGGUCGAACAAUGCAAAUAUGAUUUUCUAUAUAACUUAAAACCUAAUGAUGGCAAUCGAGAUAGAUUAAUUUACAAAUGUUUAGUUAUGUUAAUUAGAUCAUCGGAUGUACCACAUAGUUUAAUUGAUGAAAUUCAGAUAGAAUUAAAACCAAGUUUUCUUCAAGAUGGUCUUAUGUUUGGCGAAUUUCAUCAAUCAGCUAAUUCCAAUGCAAUUCGAAAUGAAAGUUUCUAUCCAACUCGAACAAAUGUACCAUUAUUAGUUAUUCGAUAUAUGGUUGCUAAUGAUAUUAUUUUUCUUACUAAUCAAGAAAAGAAAUAUCCUGUUGAAACUUGUGUAAAUAUGAUCAAAAAAUAUUUAGAAUUAUAUCAUUUAGGUUCAUUAUAUCGUUCGAAACCAAAUCACUUACAAAGUGCUAAUGAUAUUCUUGAAAAAUUAAAUUGUUCGAUUAAAGAAUAA